AUGGAGUCGAAUACAAUAUAAAGCGUGUACAUUCCUGAUCCUGAAGAAAGUAUCUUAUUUGAAUGAAUCUUUAGAAAUUGUGUAUAAGAAUGUACGUAAACCUAAUUUACCAGCAACAGCUGAUAUAGCAUACUGUGAAAUUAGAAUAGCUGAACUAAUGGCUGAAGUUGAAGCUUAAAAGGAGCAUUCAUUCAAAAUUCAGUAAUAAUUAGAUGUCUAUGUUACUUAUGAAUAAUCAGUAUAUAUCCAUUUUAAAUUUAAGCUUAUAUAAUAUGAAUCUAAAAACGCAAUUUUGUAAGAAGAAAAUAAACAAUAAAGUUAAUUGCUUUAAGUAAAAUCAAGGGAUUUAGAACAAGCAUAAUUAAAAAUAUUAGAAUUAGAGUAAUAGAUAGAUAAGUUAAGAGAAGUGGACUAAGAAUUUUAAAGAUAGAUAUAGCUAUUGUUAUUCAAAGAUAGAGAGAUUUAAGAGGUAUAAUGAAAUUGUAUUUAUAAAUAGUUAAAUAACAAAUACAAUAGUUUAGAAUAGUUCUUAUAAUAAAAUAAGAACUGGGAAUUAAUUAACCAAGAUUUAAGAAAUUAAAUAAUCAAUUGGAAACAUGAUGUUGAACUUUGGAAGGAUAGAUUUACAAAAUCAGAAAAUGAGAGAAAACGACUUUUAGAAUUAAGAGAAGAAGGAUUAAAGAAAUAUGAUCUAAUAGAGAAUGUAGAUACUUAACCACAUUCACCUUAAGUGGAAUUAAAUGAAUAAUAAACAGAAAAGUAGAAAAUUGAUAAGAGUUCUUAAAAUAAUUCUUAAUUGCUUUAAUAAACACAAGUUAAUUUAUUUGAGAAGGAACAUUAGAAUAGUUUAUUAAAUAAUGAAUUGAAUGGUUUGAGAUAAUAGUAAUUAGAAUUUUAGAAAUAAAUAAGUGAUUUAACUAAUUAAUUAACUAAAUUGGAUGAAAAAGAUAAAGAAAUAUCUAGAUUGAAUGGAUUAUUAUAAGAGAAACCAAAGAUUUAAAUAGUGAAAGAAGAAAAGAUAGUGAUAGUUGAAAAUUAAGCAUUAGAUGAAGAGAAAAUAAGACUUUAAGGAUUAUUAGAUGAAACAAAUAUUCGUUUAGAAAAUUCUUUUAAUGAUAUAGAAUAAUUAAAGAGUAAAAUAUUAACAUUGGAAGAUGUGAUUUAGAAAGUAUUGAGUAAUUAAAAUAUAAUAGUUAUAAAGAAAUAAUAGAUAGAUAUAAAGAUUAUAAGAGUAAAUUGAUUUUUUACUUAUUGAUAAACAGAAUUUGUAGAACUCUAAUAUAUAAAAGGAUAAAGUAUUAAAUGAAACCUUAAAUCUUUUAAGAUAAAAGACAAUUGAAAUUUAAGAGUUGUAGUCAAUUGAUUAAUAAUUAGUAAUUGCAAAUGAGAAAAUUAAUUCAUUACUUAAAGACUUAGAAUAAUAGAAAAAACAAUUAGCAGAAUUUGAUUAAUUAACAUAAUAAGUAAAAAAAUAAGAGCAUCUUUGUUAAGAGAAAGAGAAGGUAGUAAAAGAAUAAAUGUUACAGAUAUAGUAAUUAAAAUAAAAUAGAAAUUAAAUAUAGAAUGAAUUAAAUGAUAGUAAGAUUAGAAUUAAUUUAUUAUCAAAAUAUGAAUCAAGAGUGAAAUCGUAAUUAGGAACAAUAUAAUCAUUAAGAUAAGAACUAUAGGAGACUAUGGCUGGAUCUGAAUAGUGGAGAGAAAAAUACAAUUAAAAUUGUUCAGAAAUUAGUAGAUUAUAAAGAUUAUUGGAUGUUUCAUAAUAAAGAAUCAUAAAGUUAUAAGAGGAAUUGAAAAACUUUAAUAAUAACUUUGAAUUGGGAUAAAUUAAGAUUGAAGCAGUACCAAUAAUAAAGAGAAUUGAAAAAGUUAAUAUUUAAGAUAGUAGUUAAAUUGAAAAAUUAUAAAAUUAAUUGAUAUCUUAAGAAUUAAAAAAUGAAUCUUUAAUAAGAAAUAGAUAGUUUGAAAUAUAAGGUACUUAAAGAGAAAUAGAUGCCUUAAAUUAACUAUUGUUAUAGAAAAGAUAAGAAUCAGAGUUAUGGAAAAAUAAAUAUUUAACAUCUGAAUAAUAGAAUACAAAAUUGUAAAAUAUUAAUGAUAAAUAUAAAUAACUAGUAUUAAGAUUUGAAGGAUAGAAAACUACUAUUUAAUAAUUAGAAUCAAAAUGUUUAGAAUAAGGAUAAGAUAUUGAAGAGUAAAGAUCAAAAAUAUUCUCACUAACAUUAGAACUUAAUUAAGUUGAAAGUUAUAAGAUUGAAAAAGAAUAAUAAAAAGAGAGGGCUCUUUAACUUUAUUAGGAAUUAAUCAUUUCAUAAUCUAGAGUAGCUAGAUUAAUUGGAACAAUUAAUGAAUUAUAAAGAUAAUAAAAUUCUAAAUCAUAAGAAACAAAAUUUGUAUAAUAAAAAUCAGAUGCAGUUGAAAAAAUGAGAUAAAAGAUAGUGGAAUUAGAAAUGGAAAUAGAUGAUACUAAGGAUGAUUAAAUUAGUGAAUUAGAAUAAAGAAUAUAGAUUUUAGAAACUGAAUUAAAAAAAUAAUUAGACAUUAAUGGAUAAUUAGUUAAAGAUCUUUAAAAUAUAGAUAGAAAGAAAUAAGAUAUUUUAAGUGAAUUAUAAACACUCUAAACAAGUGAAUCAGAUGCAAAUUAAUUAAGAAUUGCAUAUAAUAAGAAGGUUAAGGAAUGUGAAUAAUUAAAAUCAGAUCUAGAUAAAACUUAGUUUUUGAUUUAAUCUUAUGUUUAAUAGAUUGAUUAAUUAAGAGAAUAAGAUUUAAAUUAAAAGAAUGAAUUAUAAAGAUUGAAGAUAUUUAAUAAUAAUCUAAAUAAAUAAAUUGCAUCAUUGUUGUUGCAUUUAAAUUCUUUAGAAUUAACUAUUAAUACAUAAAGACAUAAAUUAGAUAUAUAUCCUGAAUUUGAAGAAAGAAUCAAUGAUUAAAUAGUAAAACUAAAUAAUUUAGAAAAAGAAAAUAAUGAAUUAAAAUUAUAAAAUGAUAUACUUAAUGCUUAAUUAAGUUAAUUAGAAUAGAAUAUAAUUAGAUUAUAACCAUUAGAAUAAUAAGUAAAUCUCUUAAAAGAAAUGAUAAAUAAUGAUAAUAGAGAAAUCUGUUUAUGGUAGACCAAAUUUUAAGAUUUAGAAAAUGAACGUGUUUAAUAGAAUGAAGAUUAUAGAAAGAAGAUAGAUUAAUAUAAAUUAGAAUUAAAAGAUUAAUAAAAUUUAGAGAUGACUAUUAAACAAUAAUAAAAUGAUAUUGAUGAUAUAUCUUAAAAUAAUUAAAAAUUAUUAACAAAUAUUAGGGAAUAAUAGAUACAAUAAGAUAAAUUAUUAAGAGAUUUAGAUAAUAAAGAUAUUGAAUUAAAGAGAUUAUAAUAAAUUGAAUAGGAGUUUAGAAAAUUGUAAGAUUUAUUUAAUUAAGAAAUUGAGAAGUACUAAGAUUUAAAUGAGAAAUAUUAAUAAUUGUAAAAUUAAUAUGAUUAAACAAAGAGAGAAUAGGAGAAAUUAGAAAAUAAAUGUGCAAUGAUGUCUAGUGAAAUUGAAAGGUUGAAAGUUAUGCUAAAAAAUAAAAAUUAAGAUUUAGAUUUGAAUAAAUAACAACUUCAUUAAAAAGAAUAAUAACUUGAUUAAUUAUAACCAUUAAUAGUUGAAAAUAAAAGAUUAUUAGAACAGAUUUAGAAGUAGAUUUAAUAAAUUGAUGAGUUGAAAUUGCAAAUGAUUUAAUUAUAAAGACAAUUAGAUGAUAAGAAGAAAUAAUUAGAAUAGGAAUAAAUUAAUUAAGAAUAAUAGUUGGAUGAAAUUAAUAGAUUAUAGAAUGCAUUAAGAAAUAAGGAAGAUGAUAUUCACUAAUUUAGAUAAGUUACAAAAUAAUAUGAAAUUUAAUUAAAAGAUAAUAGGAAGGAAGAGGAUUAAUGGAAUGAUUUACAAAAUGAAAUAAAUAAAUUAACUUAACAUGUGAAUUAUUUGAAUGAAAUAAUUGGUUAGAAAAAUAUAGAAUUGGAAAAUUUACAAAAAUAAAAUACUCAAUAAUAAUUAUAAUUAUUAGAGAAUGAGAAAUUAGAUUACAAGAUUUUAGAGAAGACUGUUGAAGCUAGAGAAAAAGAAGUUGAAGAUUGGAGAAGAAGAUUCCAAAAAUUAACUUAAGAUUAAGAAAAGUUGUAUAAUGAAAAAUUAGAAUCAAAUAAUAAAUUAGCAAGUUAAGAAUUAGAAAUUGAAAGAUGGAAAAGGAAAGUUACAUCAAAUGAAGGUGAAUUGCAUUUACUUAGAAAUAUUAUAGAUUAAUUGAAUGUUGAAAUAGAACGUUUAAGUAAAUCGAGCGAAGAUUUAUUAUAAGUAAAAUAUUCUAUCAAUUAUAGGAUAAUGAAGGUUGGAGAGAAAAGUAUUCUAAAAUAUAGCAAUAAAUCCCAUCUAUGUUAGAGUUGAUUCCACCAAUAACUCCUGGAAACAGUUUUAGAAAAUCAGACAAGCCAUUAUAAUAAUGACUAUGAUGAGUUAUUUUAAUAA